GCUUUUCGAACGAAGCGAUGUCAGUCUCGCAAUGGCGUUAGUGAGACAUAGACGUGUGUUCAUUUAAUUUCGCAACAACCCGAGCGGACACCGGCCCAAAAUAUUGGCCUGUCUAUUCCUGCUCGAAUUACUCGAAAUAUUUUCCUGUAAUUCAAAUAACAAAAGGCGACUCGUUCGUAAUCACGGAAAGUCAAAUUUUGGUACGAUAUCCACUCAGGGCGAAUCAUUUCAAGAUCAUGUUCAUCUCAUCGUAGUUCCUCGUCAGUUUAGUGUUUGUGUGUGUUGUGGACUCUAGUGUAACGUGACAGUGUUGUGUGAUUGUGUCAGUGAUGGAUCCGGGGUCACCAUCGUUGUUGUGGCCGCUGCGGCUGAGCAAGGGGUCGGGAGUGACCGCGGGCGAGGGCAGUAAGGCGGAGGAGCGCGCGGCGUCGCCGGCGCUGGCGGAGCGCCUGGCCGCGGCGCCCGCGUCGCCUCAAUCGCCACCCGCACCUCCUAGCCCGGCGCCGGCACCACCACCGCCACAGCACCAGUUCCAAGCGGCGCUUGUCGCUGAGAAAUACCUCCUACUGGAACAGGUCGAGGGCUCAUCCCUUUGCCGGUGUGUGGACGUGCGCACUCAAGAGGAGUUUGUCUGCAAAGUUGUGUCACGAGACUGUAGCAGUUUACUCCAAGCCCACUACCGCUUGGACGGGCAUCCGCACGUCAACCCCUUACAUGAAGUGCUAGUCGGAGACAAGAGGGUGUACCUCAUCUUCCCGCGGUCGCACUCUGAUCUCCACUCGUACGUGCGAGCGCGGAAACGGCUAAGGGAACAUGAAGCCCGCAGACUCUUCAGACAAAUGGCCGAAACAGUCGCAGCGUGUCACGAGCAAGGCAUCGUUUUACGGGACCUCAAAUUGAGAAAAUUCGUGUUCGCAGACCCCCAGAGGACGACGUUAAAGCUAGAGUCGUUGGAGGAUGCGGUAGUGCUAGACGACCCUGAGGAAGACUUGCUUCAAGACAAGCGAGGGUGUCCGGCUUACGUCUCCCCUGAGAUCUUGCGAGCGCACCGCACCUACUCCGGGCGGGCCGCUGAUAUGUGGUCGCUAGGAGUGAUUCUAUACACCAUGCUCGUUGGAAGGUAUCCAUUCAACGACAGCGAGCACGCGUCGUUGUUCGCGAAGAUCUCUCGCGGGUACUUCGUGGUGCCGGAGUGCCUGUCGUCGCGGGGCAAGUGCCUGAUCCGCUCGCUGCUGCGGCGCGAGGCGGGCGAGCGGCUGUCGGCGGCGGACGUGCUGCGGCACCCGUGGCUGGCGCGGGACCCGCGCAACGACCUGCCGCCGCGCGCCGCUGCCGCCAGCGAGCGCCUCGUGCCCGACAUCGACCUGCGGGACCACUACUAGGACGAGCCACGCGCCCGGUGCUGGCAUCGGGACCCAAACCAUCCUCCGUUGAGCCGGGAAACUCGACGGACCUUCAUUGUGAUUUCGGUUAUUUAUGAAUUUAUUUUAAGUGUCCGGCCUACUCGCGCUCGCUGAAAUAUAGUCGCCGAAGUUUCCGCGUGUUCCAUUUCAGUAGUACCCGAGCCAAAUAGGGGUCGAGAGGCCUCGCGUAGAGAUCGAGAUCCGUAGCGGGAUCGCGGCGGCGCGGCUGGCCCGCGCCCCGCCGACUAAUUUAUGAAGUAGAAGCUCGAACCUAACCACUAAGAAUCGCAUAAUCCUAUAGGAAACUAACGCUCUAUUACGAGAGGAAUUUAGUUUUAUGCGGCUUUUAUUGGCACUAUUUCGUUCUGGCUUUUACGAGCUGUGGUAUAGUCGUAACGUUCGUAAUGACAGAAUAAGUGAGACUGAUAUCGCGUUCGUGUGAUCCGACGGAGACGAGUUGCGAUCCAUCUAGCUAGCGCGGAGCAGGCGCGCUGCGGCCGUGGCCGUGCCUCGUGGCUCGAGACUCGCGUCUCGAACCUCGCGGCCCGCAGCGCCGCCUCGCUAACGCAACUUAUUUAUACAUAAAUAAAGCAUUCUGUUAACUAUUAUGUUAAUUCCUGUAAGCCUAAUGUAAUCAUAUCAAUUUCACAUCAAUAUAGAUGGGUAUAUUGCAUUGAAGUUGUUGCAGUAGUGUUAGGUAAAUUACCUAUGUAUAUUUUGUAUUUAUAUAAAAUUAAAGUUUAUCGUGUAAUUGUGAUCUCCACCGAUGUUAUUUAGCGAUACUUGAUUGCCAUUAUGUUGUUACAGACAGAAGUGAGAAUUCUUUUGUUGCACAACGAUCGGUUGCUUCCAUCAUAGAGUUAUUUUGAUAUAUUAUUUGGUUAUAUAAAAUCGUAAUUGUUUGGAAAAUCGACAUACGAAAUUAUUAUUGUUAUUAAAUCAACCAAAAUUAUGUUAUAAAUAUAUUCGCAAUACCAUGUACCGCAAAUGGUCGUAGAAUUUGGUCUGUGCCAUUUAUUUAAUUUAAACUAAUUUAUUGUUGUUGUAUGGACGGUCGGCUCGACGGCACUCUUAAUCCUAAACUAAAUUAUUUCCCAUUUGGUACCUGGUGUUGAGUUUUUAUUUUGAUUUUUCUUUAAUUUUGAGAUCAACUUCCUUUUAAGUUUUAAUUAAUUUUGUUCCAAAUCAAAAAUCUGCAAUGUUACCAUUCGACUAAAUUGUUACUUUAUUGAUUUACGGCUUAGUUGUUCUUCUCCUUUUCUAUUGUUUGGUUCUGUUCAACGUUUCAUGGAUUCAGUGUAAUGUUGAAGUAGUCAAGUCUUUCAAGUGACGAAAGCGUGUUGUACAAUAGUAGUCUAUGUAAAAUAGUACUUUUACUACUUUAAUUUAUACAAACUGUAAAUAGAGCUAAGAUAUCGUAAGAAUUAUCAAAAAAAGAAAGAAUGAUAGAGGGAAUAAAUAAUUUAGAAAAAAAUUAAAA